AUGCAAGCAAUUACAAUAUUCCAAAUGAUUUAUGGAAUUCCAUCAUUAUGCCUAAUGUGUUUCUUUUUUUGUUUGCCAUUUGUUGAUCGGAAGAAUUUAAGCAAUCCAUUUUAUAGACUUGUUCAAAUUGAUAUUUUUGUCAAUAUUACAUGUUACAUCAAUAGUUGGUUAGCUAUCCGCUUGGAAUACUUCGAAAUCGGACGAACUUUCCUUAUUUUUCUAGAAUCUUCUCUUCCAGGAUGCCUCACACUGUCAAAGCUUUUUGUUUCAUUAUACUUCCACUUGCAAAAUGUUACGGGAUUAUUUCUAGUUAUUUAUCGCUUCACAUCAGUUUACUCAAUAAAUUCUGAAAAGGUAUGGAAUCGCUGGUAUUUUUUAGUUCCAGUUCUCGGACUGUUAUAUUCUUUUAUUAUUAUUUCCCCAUGGUGGCUUUUUCAAAAUUAUGUUACUAGAGUUAGAAUUAUUGAUGGGAAACUUAUUAAAAUAGUUAAUCAGAGAGCACUUUUAACUCAAGCAUCUAUAAAUCCAUAUUUCUCUGCAUUUUAUUUUCUUUUAAUUAUAUUAAUUGGUGUUUGGACUACUGUACUCUUAGAGAACAGAUGGAAAAAGAGUCAUUCGAGAAGACAUAAUCACUUUAUUAAAAAAUUAACACGUGUCAUAUUUUGUAACAGUUUUUUGAUGUCUGGAAAUUUAUUGCUUUUGAUUGCCACCAGUGUGAUGUACGUUAUUUGCCCUUUUCGAACAGUUAUUAUGAAAAUACAAACAAUUGCUGUAACAUUUACAUCGGAUAUGGUAACUCUAGCCAUGCCGUACAUCCUUCUGGCAUUUGACUCGAACAUGCGAAGAAUUCUGAGAAUUGAAAAAUCAAAAGGUUACGACAGCAGAACAGCAUCCAAUUAUGCAGAAAACUAA